AUGCAGGGCAUCCUUGAUGAAACCAAAACUACAGGGUCCCAGAGAGAAGGGUGGAUGUGCCUUGUUGGAGCUGCAUACACAGCAUCCAGAGUCAAAGAAAGGAGCUCAAAGGAAGAAUGGAAAGCAAUUGAGCAAGAUUCUGGUACACAGCCUGUGAAGAAGCUUAAGACAAAUCAAAACCUGUCAGAAGAUUCUAAGGAAAAGGAACCUCACUACUGUAAAUCUCCUACAGUUGCUGCUUUAGGUGAGACCCAAAGCAAGAACUUUCUAUGCCAUCCUGUAACAAAAAAGUCCGGUGUGCAGUAUAAAAAAAGGAAACCCAGAACUGAUCAAAUCAAGUGCUUGCAAAGUUUUAGCGUGGCUUCAGCUGAAAAAGUCAGAAGUGUAUCUGCAAAAUGUGAUGCUGAACAUCGCAGGAAAGCCCUAAACCAUUGCAAUGGCUUGCUCUGUGCAGCAGGAAAGAAUCCGUUUGUGAGAUUAGAGGCCUGUAGUUACAUCGAUACGUUUGUGAAGUCUUCAGCUAGUGGAACUACCAGCAGUUAUAAAUUAAAUGGGUUCUUCCAUAUAGCCCAGGAUAAAGGAAAGCAUGUUUUUCCUGAUGGUACUGUAGAACAGAGGGAUAUGAAUUGCAAUGCUAGUAGAAUGCAGAAUGAAGUAUCACCCAUAAAAGGUGGUUUAUUGUUCAAUAAAGAAGAAACUCAAAACAGAGAAGAGUGGUUUUCAUGCUGUCAGAGUGAAAGCAGUAAGUGUUCAACUGGAAGAAAGUCAAAUAUUGGUAGAAAGCCUGGGAAAAAGAGGAAAAUCACUGAGAAAUCAGCAGUGCAGAAUAUUUUCACAGACAUGGCUGAUGGCAGUGAGUAUGAGUUACAAACAGAAGCAGCACUUGCCAUGUCAAGUUCCUUUGAUGUCUUGGGACUAAAUCGUGAAGAAAUUACUCUGUCAGCUUCAUGUGGUCAUACAUCAAAUCUUCAUAUAGGAAGAAAUACUCAUGAAGCACAAAAUACAUCAGUCUGGAGAAAGAAUAGUACCAAAUUACUUGCAUUUGAAGAUGACUUUAAGAAGACAUCUGAACUUGCAGUAACAGCAAAAGAAGAAAAUUCAAACAGCAUGGCACAUCAUUCUGCUGCCUCAGGUAGCCUGAGAGUGCUGGCUGAGAUCCAUGGUGUUUCUAACAGUCACAAAAGCAAGACAGCUAAAAAAUUGAGCAAAGUUAGUAAGAAAUUGCAGCAGUUUACCUGUCAAAGAACAGUACCUAUGACUGGUAAAAAUGUCUGGCCUUUUGAAUCUUGUGCCAGGACUUCUGAAUGGGUUCAUAAAAAUCUUGGGUCUAGCUCAGAAGGAAAAAGACUUGUAAGGGCUGUCUUCCAGGAAUCCUGGGAUAAAAGCAGUGGUGAAGCUGUAGGAAGCAAUGCUGUGACUGGGAAUUUGAGACAGUUGGAUUUGCCUAUGUCAUUGGAAGGGAUUAACGAAGAAUCUACACAUAAAAUAAUAGAUUCAAAUACUGAAUGUCUCACUUCACUUGAAACACCAGGAUUGCCUCCCAUGGAUAUUGAUGAGACUUUGAGCAAUGAAAUUGUGGAAUCCCCAGUUAAUACAGAUAGAAGUGCUGUGGCUUUUAGUCAUGAUGAUGCGCAAGAAGUUAAAGCAACCUUGACUUUUACAACAAAGCAAAGAGAGAAAAAAAAGGGAGCUCUAACAAAAAGAAACCUGGCUGUGACAGUCCAGAAACGUACAUCUACGCGUGACACAAACAGAAAAAACCUGGGCGGUAAGACAUCAGUAGUGAAACAGGCAUUUUCUGAUUUAAAGCUAAUGAAAGUAUUGAACACUGAAAACCUGACAAAAUUCAAAAUUCCUUUAUGCAGAAACAAACCUGAAUCCAGGAAACUGGAAUCUGUCCACUCAUUUGAAAGAAUAACCUAUAGUCCACUAGAGCUUCUUGACAGCAGUAGUGUUUCAACAAGGCAGAAGAUGAGUGAAGAGAAUUUCUUGGUAAAUUCUGAGCAGCUGUCCCUUCCUGUUGCAAGUGAUGCUACAUCUCCAGCUUCAACAAAGGAAAAAGGAGAUGAGAUCAGCAGUAAGGGCUUCCAGCAUGAUGGCUCUACAAACCUUACAGCCUUGUCCACUCUCUCUGAACAUGCUUCUUUAUAUCCACAUCCUUUUCCUGAUGGACAGCCAGAGUCACCCGUGUCUGAUUUCCAUGGUACUGAAUGUGUACUAAAAUCUAGUUUUCCUGAUCUUUCUUGGAAUGCAGUUGACCACCCUGUUGCAUUAGAAAGAAGUGAUGGUAGCAAAUCAAGUGGAACUCUUUCAGAACACCAAAAUCAGAAUAUUCCAGAUAUUUUUGAAGCUUACAAAGAAGAUGUUCUUGUCAUUGAUGUGAUUCAGGAUGACCCUGACCUUUUUGGAUACAAUAAUGAAGACAAGCUUGAACUUGUAGAUUGUGAAAGUUGUUCUGUGAAGGAGUCCUAUGAUAGCAUCUGCAUUAAAGAUGAAAAGCAGGAUCUUAAGCCUGAGUGUCCUGUAACCUCAGAAAAUAGAGAUUCAGUAGACGAUAAUUUUAGACACAUUACCAUACAGGAAUCUGGAAUGUCAGAUGAUACUGAAAUUUCCUGUGAUUGGAUGCGAAAAGCUAAGGAGACUAAAACCCACAACUCCUCCAGAGAAAGCAGUCCUCUUGGAAGUGUUACAGGUGUUAAUGAGGGCUUUCUUGAAGAUGGGCAACCAAGAGAACUAGAUGAAUUUCUGAAGAGUUUUGACAUGGAUGAAAAGGCUUCUCAUUCAGUCCAGCAGAUCCUCGAGAUGAUUGAACUGCCCCGUAAAUAUUGCAGAUAUUAUUUCAUGACUUUGCGGGGGUGUGAAAGAGCAAAAUGUUGGUUUUGGCACGUUCCUGAACAAGGAGAUGAAAAGGUUUGCAUGACAAUACUUAGGACAUACAUCACUAUCAAAGAAUCAGGCCUUCUAAAACGUGCAGUCCAAAUAUUUGUGAAAUAUUACAAAGAAGUUACUCCUGGUGUGGAUUUUGCUUUUCAAGUACUGAAUGAUCUUCUGGUUUCUCUGCUCAAGAAAUGUUUAUUGCAUGAAGUAUUUCAGAUACUGAAUGUAACUGUACAAAUCAGUACACUG